GGCAGCCUUUCCCAUCCCAGCUCUUCACUCCACUUCUUACUUUCUCUUUAUUCAGUCCUGCGGGUUGUACUGUAUACAACAAACAAUUAGUGAUAACAAGACGUUUCAUCUGGUAGCAUCCUGGAUAAAUCUGGAUCAACUGAGGGUUCAUUCGGUAACUACAAGAGAGCAGAAUGUCUAACAACAUGGCCAAGAUUGCAGAUGCACGAAAGACAGUGGAACAGCUGAAGUUGGAGGUUAAUAUUGAAAGGAUGAUGGUAUCUAAAGCAGCAGCUGAGCUGAUGGCAUACUGUGAGGCCCAUGCAAAAGAGGACCCCCUGGUGAUGCCCGUACCAUCCUCAGAAAACCCAUUCAGAGAGAAAAAGAUUUUCUGUACAGUUUUGUAAUUUUUUUUCAUAGGGCACAUGGUUUACUGUAUUAUUUUUUAGGAUAAUUCCAAGCCAAAUGCUUUUCUGAGUUCCUAAAUGUAACACAUGUUAAUAAAUGUGAAUAAUGUCUGUUAAUCUCUCCCAUAUGUGUCACCUACCAGCUGUAAAAUGUCGAGCUUCCUUAUGUUUAGUGAUUUUCAUCAGUGUGUGUUAUAGUAUGUAGUCAUAAGCAGCUGAACUUGGUUCAAGCCUCUUUCUUCAAAACUGACAAUAUAUUAUUUUACCUCAUGGUGGCGCUAUUUUUACUAACAAUAUGUCAUGAGCUAUUCAUCCAUCACCCGCUCAGCUGCUUUUGAGCGUCAUUUCACCUUCAUACUAACAGCAAUAAAAUAAGAGAGUGCAAAGUUCGUCCUGCCUGAGAUUUGUUUGUUGUAUUCGCUUUUGUGUCCGCUUCCGUGAAUGGAUUAUACAUUAACUUCUAAUACCCUCCCUGUACAAAUGUCAUCAAUACAUGUAAAACACACAAAACGUGCAAUUCAUAUAGGCACAAUCCAACAAUGACUUUAAGGUGCAUAUAUUUAACAAUGUAUAAAUAUUAAAAACAUUGCAGUAUAUCUGCAUACGAAUGUGAAACAAUU